CUCAAUACAUCUUCAACUUAUGAGGGACAGGAUAAUACUUGCAGGAUUUCCCAGGUUUCCUAUGACCAAAAACGGGCUGAGGACUCUGACAUUGACAGAUAUUACGUGACACGCACACGGACUUUCUUCCGAGUACAGGAAAAAAGCUUUUCCGGACACCCGGGACCAACAGAUGCAAACUUUCGUGAUGGCACACACCGUGACGCUCUUUCUUUUGUGCGUUUUCAGUGCAGGAGCGCACACAUUAGCACCUACGUAUGAAGCAGAGGCAUUAAGGGAGAGCCGUAAAGUUCUUACUAUCGCAGGCCAAGAAUGUAAAUUCCCUUUUCGUCAGGGUGGAAGGAUUCAUCAUCAAUGCAUCACCAUCCUGUCCUCAAGACCGUGGUGCUCUCUCACACACAAUUUUGAUCGGGACAGGAAGUGGGGCUUCUGCGCUCAAGAGAAAACGCAGCCAAAUGUUUCUGUCCACACUUCACGCAAAGUCACGGAUCCAUGUCAGGUGAACCCGUGUCAGAAUGGCGGCGUCUGCACAGCGAUACCACACGGGCACACAUUUGAGUGCUCCUGUCCUGAGAGCUUCUCUGGGAGAAUAUGUGAGCAAAAGAAGUGCCAUGAAACCGUGCACCUGCGCUAUUAUGACAUCGGAGAGUCUUGGGGACGAAUUCACCUUCGUAAUGUGGAACAGUGCACAUGUGUGGCAGGGGAAAUCAAGUGUAAAAGAGUCCACUACACAAUGUGCCGUACAAACCCCUGCCAGAAUGAUGGAACAUGCCGACUGAUCAUAUCCACUGGAAAGGAAGUGUGUUACUGCAGACAUGGCUACAGUGGACCUCACUGUAGUCUUGAGCCAGAGACAGAGUGCUAUAGCAACAGGGGCACAGGUUACAGAGGGGUGGUGGGCACCACCGUGUCCGGCGCCCAGUGUCUGCCAUGGAACUCAGACCUGCUGUUUGAUGAACUCCAUGUGGGCACAGUGGUUGCAUCAUCUGCUAAAGGUCUUGGGGAGCAUGCCUACUGCAGAAACCCAGACGGGGACAAGAAGCCGUGGUGCUACACACUAAAAGACAGCGCCAUCUCCUGGGAGUACUGUGACGUCCCCUCCUGUGUGAUGGCUGUGUGGGGAAAUCAGCCAGCAACUGAAUCAAAAAUAUUCAAAAGAGCUUCUUCGCGAAUGUUGACUCCAUCCAACGUCCUGCCCACCGUUAAAAAGCCCAAAACCUCCAAGCCGGCCAGCAAACCUGUGUGUGGGACAAAGCACAAGAAGAGGCCACUGAUAAGCAGAGCGAGGAUAAUGGGGGGAAGCUCGUCUCUGGAAGGUGCUCAUCCAUGGAUGGCAGCCAUUUACAUCGGACAGUCGGACUUCUGCGGCGGCAGUCUCAUCUCCUCUUGUUGGGUCAUCUCUGCGGCCCACUGCUUCUUCAGCAAAAUGUCUUUUCAUAGCCCCCUGAAAUCUCAAAUCCGUGUGGUGCUGGGCCAGCAUAAGUUUAACACCACGGAUCCCAACACCAGGACAUUUGGAGUGGAGGACUACAUCUUUCCAAAGCAGUUCUCAGUGUUUAACCCAACACUGCAUGACAUUGUUCUGAUCAAACUGAAGAAGCAGGACGGGAAAUGUGUGAGGAAAACCCCGUUCAUCAGGCCCAUCUGCCUCCCAGACAAAAGCAUGACGUUCCCUGAUCGCUACUGCUGCACCAUUAGUGGCUGGGGACAUACAGAAGAGAAGGGACAGGGGUACUCCACUUUGCAGCAGGCUGGAGUGAGACUGAUUCCUCAUGAUAUUUGCAGGAAGCCAGAAGUCUAUGGCAACCACGUCACUGCUGACAUGAUUUGUGCAGGGAUUAACGGCUGCACUGAUGCGUGCCAGGGUGACUCCGGGGGUCCGCUGGCUUGUGCGAGGAAUGACGUCAGCUUCUUGUAUGGGAUCAUCAGCUGGGGAGAGGGCUGCGGCCGCUCCAAUAAACCCGGAGUUUAUACAAGAGUAGUGAAUUACAUCGACUGGAUCGAUUCAGUGAUCAAACCCAAACCCAAGGCUUCACGAAACGAUAUUACCUAGAAAUAAUCUUUAG